GAUUUGUACACAUCAUGAAGGGUUUAUUAUUGGUCCUCCUGUGUUUGCUCCACCAGGGGCUUAUGUAUGAUCACCCAGAUGAAGUAGUAUGGCAAAAUAGGAACGCAGAUAUUCCAUACAUUGCCAACCCUGAUGGGACACCUUAUGUUAUCUCUCAUAGAGGAGCUUGAGGGCAGAUGCCUGAUCAUUCCUCAGCAGCAUACGCUACUGCGUAUUAUGAUGGCACUCAUUUUGAUGAGCCUGAUCUACAAGUGACUAAGGACGGUGUCUUAUUCAUUAUGCAUAAUACCUGCAUGAAGGAGACUACGAAUAUUGAGAAGCUCCAUCAGUUUGAUGAUAGGAGAACUGACGUCAAGUUUUCCACAAAUGAAACUGAGCUCCAUUGCGAGGAUGACUAUCUGGUCAAUGACUUUACCUGGCAAGAACUUAUUGAUGCUGGACUUAAGGUGAGAAAUAGGUUCAAGACCAGAAGUCAUUACUAUGAUGAUCUCUAUCCUCCUAUGAGACUAGAGGAUGCCAUUGAGCUCAUGCUAGAUCUUAAUGAGAAGGCGCCAGUCAAGGAUCGUAAAUUUAAGACUGGGCUAUAUAUCGAGACUAAAGCUGUUAGAUUCUAUAAAGAUGAAAGAAAUGUAGACAUUGCUCAAAUUUUAUAUGACACUUUGGAGAAAUAUGAUCUCCAUACUGUUGAGAAAGCUACUGAGAAGCUUCCUAUUUUCAUUGAGUCUUUUGAACAGGAUUCUUUGCUGUAUUUCAAGUCGAAGACUGACCUCCCUACUGUUCAGUUAAUGACAGAUAGUUUCGAAUAUGAUCUCGAUUGGAUCUCUAGUUACUCGAAUGGAGUUGGCCCUAAGCAUACCUUUAUGUUUAACUAUGAUGGCGAAGAGUUUAAUUUAGACAAGCCUUCAAGAUUCAUUCAGCAAUGCCAUGCACUUGAUAUGAGAGUUCACCCAUGGGUCUUCCAAGAUGAUAUCUUAGUCUAUUCCGAAGAUGCUAUUGACGAGGCAAAGAUUUGGGAGACUAAAGGAGUCGAUGGGUAUUUUACUGAGUUCCCUCAUUCUACUCUUAACACCCUCCGUUAUAGUGAGGCUAAUAGGAGAAAGAGGUUACAAUCUGAGUAGGGUUUUACUAUAACCUAUUUCUUCAAUUCCAGAUAAUAUA